ACAAUAGGAAACAUUUUUGAAAAGCUCUUUAAAAGUCUAUUUGGGAAAAAAGAGGUGCGGAUUCUUAUAUUGGGUUUGCAUACAGCUGGAAAAACCACCAUCUUGUAUAAAUUGAAGCUGGGGGAGACUGUGCCUACCGUCCCUACAGUAGGUUUCUGUACGGAGACAGUAGAAUAUAAAAAUAUCACCUUCACUGUCUGGGAUGUUGGCAGCCACUUCAAAAUCAGACCUCUGUGGCGGCAUUUUUUCCAGAACACAAAAGGUCUGAUUUUUGUAGUUGACAGUAAUGACAGAGAGCGAAUUGAUGAGGCCCGGGAAGUGCUGACUUACUUGUUAGAGGACGAUGAGCUCAGAAAUGCAGUUUUAUUGGUAUUUGCCAAUAAACAGGAUCUCCCUAAUACUAUGAACGCGGCAGAGAUAAUGGACAAGCUCGGCCUCCAUUCCCUCCGCUACAGAAACUGGCACAUUCAGGCUACUUGUGCCACUACUGGACAUGGGCUUUAUGAAGGCCUGAACUGGCUCGCCAACCAGUUCCAGAGCCAGAACUGACCAGAAGGAUCUAUCCUUUGUGCCUUGUGGCCACAUCAGCUAGCCUCUGCUGUGUGCACGUGUAUGUGUGUGCUGGGAGUGGAGGCAGCUUUCUCAUGGUGCCUUAUCCAUGCCAUAAGAAAAGCGAUGUUACAUUUUAAGAAACCCAGUGUUAAGUUUUAAACACCGCCUUCCACUUCAGUAGCUUUGAUGAUCAUUUUUGCAAUUGAUGGAGAAGUCCAGAGGGCUUGCUGGUGCUCGAAGGCCAGAGCGGGCUUCAUGGAGGUGAGUUGGAGCCAGCACUGAGUUCAGCUGUUGCAAUCCUGGUCUGGCAUCUGGAGUCCUGUUAGUCUUUCCUUUCGUAAAAAGGAAGGAAUUGUCAUUCUUUUUUUUUUUAAACCAUAUUAUUACUGUACCUUUUCAUGUUUGUUUAUUUUUUAUUAAAAAAAAAUUUUUUUGAAACAGCCUCCCACUUUGUCGCCCAAGCUGGAGUGCAGUGGUGCGAUCUCAGCUCACUGCAACCUCUGCCUCUCAGGCUCAAGCAAUCCUCCCACCUCAGCCUCCUGAGUAGCUGAGACUAUGGGUGUGCACCACCACACCUGGCUGAUUUUUGUAUUUUUUGUGGAGACAGGGUCUCGCCAUGUUGCCCAGGCUGGUCUGUAACUCCUGAGCUCAAGGGAUGCACCCACCUCAGCCUUCCAAAGUGCUGGGAUUACAGGCAUGAGCCACUGCGCUACCCAGAAAUCGUCAUUCUUUACCAUCACUGCUGGAGCUAGCAGCUCACUCUUCAGUGCUUUAAAGCAAAUGAUCCUCAGGAAAGAAAAGGUAUUUGCUUAUUGCAGGUGCAGAGAGGCUCAGAUUGGAACUUUUCCCUGAAGCUAUAUUGUAGCCCAGAUUUCCUGAUGUAACUUGCUUUAUUUAAAGACAUCAGUGAGCUUUUUCAGUGGCACAUCAAUACUUCAUAACACUAGGAAGGUAUCCAGCCUUUUCCUUAUGCUAAUUCCUUCCCUUAUUUGCCAGAUGGGGACCCUGUGGGGAGGUGACCCAGUGUGAGGCCGAAGCUCUUUCCCAGAGCCCCACAGGCCAGUGGAGGGUCGUGUUUGCGCUCUGGGCAUCGCCGUCUUGGGUCUCGGUCCCCUGCGACUGCAGCUGCUACAUCCCUGCUCCAAGAUAAAUGUUCUUCCCGUGAAGCAGACGGUUCACUUUUGGGAUGGCGCUGUCCCCAGGUUUGGCUGUCUCAGUCCAGAUGAUGUUUGGUUAGUUUCCAUUCCCAGAACCACAAGCCUGUGAGUUCUGAGAGUUUGUGACAGAAUCGAGAGGCUAAUUUGGGAGAUGUGAGAUUCCCAGCCCACCUGGUAUUGCCCCCGAGUUAGUGGUAAAUUUUGCUAUGGAAAAUAUCUCUUGUCAAGACCAAGCUCCGGCGCAUUGCCUUCCUCUUUUGGAUGGCCAUGGCAUCUCAUGAACCACUUGGAAAUGUGUUUUAUGUUGUUCUCCAAAUAUUAAUAAAAAUAUCUUGGAGAGGAGGUUCGCUAAGUAGUCUAGAGCUCGUUUGUCCAGACAAUUGUUGGCCAUAUUAGUACCUAAGCACUUCUAUUUAACCUUCUUCUUCUUUUUUUAUUUUCUUUUUGAGACGGAGUCUUGCUCUAUCACCCUGGCUGGAGUACAGUGGCGUGAUCUCGGCUCUCAGCAACCUCUGCCUCCCGGGUUCAAGCGAUUCUCCUGCCUCAGCCUCCUGAGUAGCUGGGACUACAGGCGCCCGCCAUCACGCCCGGCUAAAUUUUGUAUUUUUAGUAGAGACACGGUUUCAUCAUAUUGGCCAGGCUGGUCUUGAAUUCCUGACCUCAAGUGAUCCACCUGCCUCGGCCUCCCAAAGUACUGGGAUUAUAGGCGUGAGCCACCACGCCUGGCCUAUUUAACCUUCUAAAACUACUUUUUCAAGAAAUCUUCACUCGAAUUAUAGAAGAUUGGCCAGGCACAGUGGCUUAUGCCUGUAAUCCCAGCACUUUGCGAGCCCAAGGUGGGAGAGUCGCUUCAGCCCAGAGUUUGAGAUCAGCCUGGGCAACAUGGCGAGAACCUGUCCCAAAUUUUAAUAUAAAAAAUAAAAUUAAAUAAAAAAUUAUACAGGAGGGCCAUGUCAGGUGAAUUUUAACUGAAGCAAACCUUAUUUAUUCAUAACAAUGAAGUUGAUAUUACUAGGAAAAAAUUUCAUUCCGUGAUAAAUGUGUGGUGUCAUGUUUUUCUUUAAAAUAUUGAAUUUAAAGAAUGUUCAUUGCAAUACUGGUAACUAAGUCCAGAUUUGCUUUUUAACCAUGGAGUAAUUUCUGAGAAAUAUUUGUUUUAUUUUAUUUUUUUGAAACAGAGUCUUGCUCUUGUUGCCCAGGCUGGAGUGCAAUGGUGUGAUCUCUGCCUCCUGGGUUCAAGCGAUUCUCCUGCCUCAACCUCCUGAGUAGCUGGGAUUACAGGCGCCCUCCACCACGCCCGGCGAAUUUUUGUAUCUUUAGUAGAGAUGGGAUUUCACCAUGUUGGCCAGGUUGGUCUCGAACUCCUGACCUCAUGAUCCGCCUGCCUCGGCCUCCCAAAGUGUUGGGAUUACAGGUGUGAGCCACCGCACCCGGCCUCUGAGAAAUAUUUAGAUUGUACGCCUCAAAUGGGCAGGGACUGUGUCUUACACUUUUGUAUUUAUGCUACAGUGUACCUAGUACAGUGCCAGUCCUCGUUAAACACUUAUUGGUUGCUCAGACAAUAAAGAACUUGCUUUGGAAGGAG